AUGGACAUAUGCCGCCUUCUCAACGCACAAAGUCCCUCGCCAGGCCGUGCCACUACGGCCACCGCAGCUGCUACCGUCAACGGGCCAACAGACGAUGACUACACUGGGGCUACGAUCCCACAACUGCCACCAUCGCCACUCUUUGACACCUAUGAUGGCCUCUUUGCCUUCCUCCGCAACUUCCAUCUUUCUAAUGGCGCCGCAAUAGUGAAGGCCUCUAGCUCCUCAAGGCGGGAUAUCGGGGGCAUCAUCCAGCCAAGCUACAUCGACUUCAAGUGCGACCGCGGCCCGCGACGGACGUCACAAAGCUCGGGACUCAGGAAGCCAUCAUCACAGAAGCUUGAUUGUCCCGUAAAAGUCACGGCCAAGGCCACCAAAUCGUCUAACAAGAAGUGGACGUAUACGGUAGUUCAUGGCCAGCAUAACCACGGACAGUCCCUUGAUCCAUCGGCGCACAUUGUCUAUCGCCGCCGCACGGUUGCUCAGCAACAAAAGGAGCGAGAGCUAGCCAACGAGAAUGGCAUUAGGGCCCGCGAGAUGGUUAGCAUUGUUAGAAAAGCCGACAGCCCAGGCUAUCAUUAUUUCCGCACACGGGAUAUCUACAAUGAUCGUCAAGCCAUCAAACGCGAGCGACUUAACGGCCUUACAGCUACCCAGGCCUUCGUCAAGGAGCUUGAUAGCGGAGAUAUUAGGGUCAGAACCUUGCGCGAUGAAGAGGACCGCGUCUGUGCCGUCUUUUGGACUUACGACUGGUGCCGCAUGAUGUGGAAGAAGUUUCCGGAGGUGCUAGGUUUGGACAACACAUACAAGACCAAUCGCUUUGGGUUACACCUAUUUCAAGCCACAGGUGUGAUGGAUCAGAAGACCCUGGCCAACUUCGCCUUCGGCCUUAUAAACGGCGAAAAGGAGCACCACUUCCAGUGGUUAUGUGACCGGCUUGACGAGCUUCGCAUCGACAUUGGGGCAGACACGCCGGAGGUUAUAAUCACCGACAAGGAACAGGCUCUCCGCACAGCCCUCACGAACACCUUUCCAGGUGCCCAACAGCAGCUAUGCGUAUAUCACAUCUUGGCCAACGUCCGGGCUAAAAUUAACGCCCGCUGGAAGGACACUGAGGGCGAAGAUCACGACGCCAUUAUUGUUGAGCUUGAUAAUGACGGAAACACCCUUUCUGUUGAUCCAAGCGACAAAACAAAACUGCCGAGCAGCUCGCAGAGGACGAGCUUGCGAACCCUUCUGAUGACUACAACCGUGAGGAGAUGUUCAAAGCCUUCCGAGCCGUGGUGCCGUGAGGGGAUGUUCAAAGCCUUCCAUGCCGUGGUCUAUGCCGUCGAUCACGAUGCGUUCAAGGACUCGUGGAAGUUCUUUGUCGAAACCUUCGGCAGGCAGCAACGGCACAUCCUGCGAUAUAUCCAAAAGGAAUAUAUGCCGUGGCGCAAGCAGUGGGUGAAAUGCUACAUUGACCGCUAUCGGAACUUCGGUCAAAGGGUCAAUAGCCCUACCGAGACCGCCCAUGCAGACGUAAAGUCUCACCUUGUGACAGGCACGGGAGACCUCCUUUACCUCCACCAAGCCCUUGUCACGAUGAUUGAUAACAAGUCUCGGUCCUAUCGUCAAGAGGCUGCAAGACAGACUCAGCGUCAGCGUGAUCAGUACCUCAAGCAGGCAUGGCUUGACAAGCUCAACCUGCAGAUCACAUAUCACGCCAUUGACCUGCUUGCCAGGCAGUAUCUCUUUGCCCUCGCCGCCCUGCCUGAUCAGCGCGAGCCCAAACCGCUACUCCCUUGCACAGGCAACUUCGCCCAUCGCAUUCUUGAUUGCCUUAUGAACGGCACGCCUCUGAGACGGAGCCAGAUUGCUAUGCGUUGGUGGCUCGAGAAGCCGUUGAACGCCGAGGAUAAGCUACUUGAUAUUCGCGACCCGGCUAUUGUCAGAAGCGCACGAGGCAGGCCGCGCCUGAACGCCGACAACAAGAAGCUCAAGGUCCCGCGAUACCUCAAGAUCGCGGAUUACACCUCCAAUCCAGGAAGUGACGCUGACGAUACGGAAGAUGACGAUGCCGAAGCCGAGCCUGUACAACGGAGUCAAGGCAGGCAUCCAGCGCGAGGCCGUGGUCUGAGCCGACAGCCUAGUCAGAAUGCUGGCCGAGGAACGCGCCGGUUGAACGCGAGCCUUCGCCGUGACCGCUCUCAAUUCGAGCUUGACGAGUUGCAGUCACAUGCGUCUCAAUCGUCGCGAGGAAACAAGCGUCGACGAGUCCGUGGCGGGGCGGCAGGACGAAGUUGUGCGGAAGCAUCACACGCCGAGAGGUCGCCAGCAAACCAGAUCCAAGUGUCACGAGAGUCGUCAGCCGAGAGCUGUAUUAUCAUCCCAGGUUUUCGAUCGGCUGCAAUGCCGUAA